CUUUUUUGUUUUAAUAGCAUGAGUUGAAUCCUAGAAAGAAACGGAUAUCUCCCUUGAAUAGGGUUUCGACUAUUGUCGUCCCUUGGUACGGCGGUUGUGCUUUGCAUAGUACGGAAGACGUUUGCAACUGAACGUCAUAGCGUAUCACUGUGUAGGCUGAAUGGAUACCAUCUCGCAGGAAGCGGGGAGGGAAGAACGAAUUGGUGAAACUCCUAAGGACAAAUUGAUUGAGAAGUAUGUUGGCUUGGACAUUGGUGAAACUUCGGAUGAAUUGGUGAUCGAUGACGAAGAAGAAGGGGCGACGGCGAUGGAGGAAAAUCGAGCGGCGGAAUUCCCGGUAGUAGGGAUGCUCCUCACGGACAAAGUGGUUCGGUUUCAAAUUUUCAAUGACCUCAUGGCGGCUUUGUGGCACCCAGGCAAAGGGGUCUCGAUUAAGGAAAUUGAUGAAAAGAGGUACCUUAUCAAAAAAAUUCAUUAUGUUGAUAUGAACCAUGUACUAGACAACCGGCCAUGGCUGUUUGACCAGAAUCUGCUAGUGUUAAGAGCCAUUAAGCCAGGGGAUAUCCCGCUUAAGGUCUCUUUGGAUUCGGUUGAAUUCUGGGUACAAGUACACAAUGUGUCGUAUAAUUAUGCUAAUCUUGGAGUUGCUAGGAGAAUUGAGAAUUAUCUAGGGAAAUUUGUUAGAUGGGAUGACAAUGAGUUUGAUAAAAAAAAUGGGAGGCUUACAUGUGGGUAAGAAUUUGAAUGGAUGUAGGAAACCCUCUCAAAAUUGGGUUCACUUUAAAUAUGAAAAGCUCCCAAGUUUGGAGUUAUUGGACAUGCAGAGAAAUUUUGUCCUUUUUGUAUGAAAAAGGAAGCCAGGAUUUGGCUGAGCCGCUUGGCUCGUGGCUGCAGGCGGGAGGAAGGAAGGCUCGACUAUCCCUAGGAAGCAAGUGGCUGGCUACAGAGGGAAGCUCUUCAGCAAGCGACGGUAACAAGACAAGUAUGGAUAUGGCAACACAUGAUCUAGACCCAACUGACAAGGGACAGUAGUUGGGAUGGAUGGUGACUACUACCGACUUAGAAGCGGCUCAGACAGGAGGAGGUCCAGAAGAUCCGAAAAGAAGACGUACAUGGGAGGAACAAGAACAGGGUGAUGAUGUGGGGGAGACAAUGGCCCUUGAUGACCCCAACAACGGGAAAGGCAGGCUUUGGGUUCCAGGCCCACCAGAGCUCCUAAGGCUUCUGACGACCAUGAUGGUUGAUAGACAUUUGUAUUUUGCUUGUUUAGCUUUCUUUACUUUUCGUUUUUAUUUGGAUCUGUACUGUGCUUUGGUUGUGCUCUGUUUUUUCAGCAAUAAAAAUUUAGAACUUAGGACAGGGGACUGGGAGUCUGGUUUGCGUGUCAUUGGCUCAGUUAAGCCCAAAGCGGGAUCAACGAAUUAUAUUGCUUCUACGAAGAUGAUUAAUUCUAAGUCUGGUUCUAGGGCGGAAGGCAAACAGAAGACUUGUUGUCAUUUUGUAACCUGCUUACGUUCUGUUUUCAUAAUUUAAGUCACUUUCGUUCAAAAAAAAUAGCAUGAGUUUAUUUUGUGAUGUAACUUGUGUUAUUAUAAAAAGAUGUAACUCACGCAUGAUAAGAUAUUACUCCAUAUAUCUGUUAUCAAAUAUUCAAAUGUAACUCCAGAAUCAAAUUUAAAGGAGUAACAAUAACAUCAUUAAUACACAAAAAUCAUCUCUUUAAUGCAUAACUUCGUGUAUAUGGUCAGGAAGUUUCAAAAAUUGAAAAGCACAAUCUUUCUAAAAAUUAAAACAUAGAAGCAUAAAACUUUUAUUAGUCGGUGGAAGCAAAGCUAAUUAAUUUGUAUCGUGCUAACAAGGAUUCACCCCAAUCUCUCAGAAAUCGGAAUAACAUCCAAUGAUUCAGUGAGGGAUCUAUGUCGGACUACCGCGGUUUCGAUCCUGCAGCAGGGGCAGAGGGGAUGCAGGAAAAGAAGGGUAAAUGCAUAGGAGGAGGAUCCAUGCAAAAUAGGAGGACGAUCCCUGCGAAAUCAAACAGAUGUAAAUGCGUAGCGUAAAUAGGAGCCCAGGAGAAGAGGUCGGCGAAGAAGAAAAGAUACAUUAGAUUGUUUUUAAUUAUUGAUACGGCACCAUAUUGGGACCGGUAUAUUAUGCACAAGUUAUAGCGGUCCGCAUAAAAUCAGUUUUGUUCUAUAUGUUUCCGAAUUAAAUUGGUCACAUGCUUUUAGGGCUUUAUAACAUGAGUCAAUUACCUAAAUAGGAAUACAAAGUGGCAAAAUUGCACAAACUGGACUACACUUUUUACAUUCCCCCGUAGGACUAUUUAUUUGUGUUUGGACAAAUAUACCCUUAUAGCUUUUGAAAUGUUUUGAGUUAUAAUAAAAUCAUAAAAAAAUAAAAAAAAAAUCAUAAAUAAAUAAUAAAAGUAGUAAAAGAAUAACAAAUUAAUAAAAUAUUUAUAAAAUAAAAUUAAAAAAAAUGUAUAAAAACACCACCCCACCUCUACCACCCCUAGCGCCACCAACUUACAUCACGGAGGAAAUAUGUCAACACUUUUAGUAAUGGCAUGAUGAUGGCAGAGUCGAUGAAAAUCUUGGC